CAAGUAGAAGCUGUAUGGUAUAAAACUGGGCGCAUUGGGUUCAAUUGAUUAGUAACGAUCCGAUCGUCGUAUCAUCACAAUCACUGAAAAUGAAGGUUUUCGUCGUACUUGUCCUAGCAAUCACCGUGGUGAAAGGUGUAGUGCCCGAUAAAUCGAGCGAAGAUCAUGGAGGAUCGUAUGAGCAGAAAUAUUCCCAGCAGCAAACGCAUGACGACAAGUAUCCACAGCAGCAAUCGUACGACCAGAAGCAUCUCCAAGAACCCUUGUAUGACCAGAAGUAUUCGCAGCAGCAUUCGUAUGAGGAAAAUUAUCACCCACAGCAGUCGUACGAAGCUUACAACUACGGACAGCAGCAUAGCGACGGAAAUUACGUAGACUAUGGAGAGCAUGACGAACAUCAGAUCGAAAAGGUACCCGUUCCUUAUCAUGUUGAAGUGCCAAAACAUGUUCCCGUGGAGGUGAAGGUCCCGUACCCGGUUGAGGUCGAGAAGAAGGUUCCGAUCGUCGUUGAGAAGCAGGUUCCAGUAUACGUGGAGAAGAAGGUCCCUGUUCAGGUGGAUCGGCCAUAUCCCGUGGAAGUGAAGGUCCCAGUCCAUGUCCCGGUGUACCAGAAGGAGUAUGUCGAGGUCCCGAAGCCGUACACCGUGCAUGUAGAUAAUCCUUACCCGGUAUAUGUGAAGCAGCCCAUCUACAUUGAGAAGCCGGUACCAUUCACUGUUCUCAUCAAGAAAGAACAAAAGAAACCAUUCUGGUGGCUUUUUUAGAUAAGUUGUGUGAUUAGUUGAAUAAAAGUAAAAUGUAAACAA